CGGGCAUGAGAGUACAAGCUCUUGUUUGAGAGCGUAGGGCACAUGGGAUCAUGAUGCGCUUUUUGAUCCCUUUCACUUCGAGGAUUUGUCUGAGAGAGCAGAGCGCCUGGCAUCAUUGCAUCAAGAGGACAAUGGGAAAGCCGACGCAUUCUAAUUGAGUUCCUGUCCGGCAAGACACGCUCCAGCACAGCUGGCCGAUCCGUUAUGGUAAGGCACGGCGAGGUAGUGAUCUACAGACGUACAUGGUAUGCAGCCAACCACGGUGUCGUUGACCGAUCGAUGGUUCUCAAUGGCGAUAUCCCACGGAGAUUAUCUUCAGAUACACCCUUAGUCGCUCUUCAACAACAAUGCCCGUCCGAGAAUCCAGUGUCACUUAGCCGCGGCCAAAGAAACGACGCCAGAUGAAACCAUGAAGAUACAUCGGCUUUCUCACAAGUUCCGCUUAAGGACUUGGAUGUAGAAGUCCAUCGAUGAUUCGGGGUUCUAAGUGCCGUGAUACACAGCGAUCAUUGACGAGGGUUCCGACAAGCAAACAAGAAAGAUGGAUAAUUAAUUAGAGGCCGUCCUGUAGACAAUUCUUGGUAAUCGUUUGCAAAUUCUA